AUGUUUCAUGAGUUUUUGUAAGAGUUGGGUACUUUGAAAAAUGCAGAACUUCCCUUCCCUUUCCGUAACUAAUUCAAAAUAAAGGAGAAUUUCAUUAAUCCUAAUAGUAAACAUUUCGAAUCCAUAGCCUAAAAAUUAUUAUCAGAGGAGAAGGCUGGAAUCAAACGUAAAUGGGACAAACAAUGCAAGAUGAUGUUUAUUUGGAUAUUGGGUAAAUUCUUUUAACUCAAAAACAAAAAGACUAUAAACCCAAACUAAGAGGAAUGGAUCUAAUUGGCAUCUAUACUUUAGAUUGAUGAAACUACACUUAAAUAAAGAUGGAUUACUUUGAUCAAUCCAGUUUCCAAAAGUAUCAACUGGGAUCCAGAAGAAGAUGAAAUCAUUAGGUCACUCAUGCAUGAGUAAGAUGAAAAACAUAUAUGGACACACAUUGCACUUGAAUUAUAUAAUCAAAAUAAUGGACAAUUUAUUAGAACACCAAAAUAAGUUAGAGAAAGAUGGAUGAACUACUUGAAUCCAAAACUUAAAAAAACUAAUUGGAGUCAGUAAGAAGAUCUUCAAUUAUUGAAUACGGUUGUCAAAAAUGGGAAGAGAUGGUCACUCAUAUCCACUUUGCUUGAAGGUAGGACUGAGAACUAAGUAAAAAAUAGAUUUAAAAGUUUAAUUUAAAAAAUACACAAAGAUGAAGAAGAAGAUGACAUCGAGGAAUUACAAGCAAUCAAAGAGUACUUGAACAAAUAAAACAUUGAGGAGGAGUAAGAACCACAAAAAGAAGAACCUUAAAUUAGAACUCAAUACUCAAGAUAAGCUAAAUUAAAAUUCAAUCUAAGAGAAAAGUCCAAAGACAAAAUUCAAGAAGCCCCUCCUAUUCCACCUUAAGAACCCUAAACUAAAAGAAGAAAGAUAAGCUCCCAGAUAAAAGAUUUCCUUAACAUUGGACAUGAUCCUGUAGUUUAAUAAUAAUAAAAGGUUCAAAAGACAAAAUUAAAGGAAAAUAAAUAAUAAUAAUAGUAAUAAUAACAAAAAUAGUAAUAGUAAUAAAAAAAAUAAUAAGAAUAAUUAAUCAAUAAAUAAAAUGAUGAAUAAUUAUUAGAGUAAUCAUCCUUUUAACUGGAUCAAUAAUAAAAAAUAAUGUCCUAAUAAUAUUAAAUGCCCUAAUUAUCAUUAAAUGAAAGCAACAAGAGAGAUUUAUCAACACCAAAUACCCUAUCUUAUUAUUUUCAACCAUAACUUCAACAAAUGGAGGAAUUAAAGAAUGAUCAAUUCAGAUUAAAAUAAGUUCAAAUGUCUCCUAUUCAAUAAUAAUAAUAAUAAAAUUAAAUUCCCUAUCAAGGUUUUCGUCCAUUUCAAGAAGAAAUUCCUUAAUAAAUUCAAUAGACCCCUGUUUAAAUGUUAAUGGGACAAUAUUUUAAGAAUUACCCUUCCAAUUAUAAUAUGAUUUCCCCUUUCCAACAAAUCAAUUAAACGCCUAUGGUUUAUACGCCUGCCCAACCGAUGUAUAUGUACAAUAACAACAAUAAUGGCUAUAUGGGCAUGUCCCCAUUACUCAUUCGUAGUCCAUAUUAAGAGAUGUCCCCAAGUGUACAACCUUAAUAAACACCACCAAUGUAGUAAAAUAUGUGGUAAACUCCGCUAUAGACCCCUAUUGAUUAGAUGCAAAGUGAAUAGUAAAAGCAAUAAUAGUUUGUAAACAAAUUUAUGCUAAUUAGAAUACAAAUUUGGAGUUUUUAAAAUCAAACAAUCUUCUUAAUACUUGGAUUAAAAAAAGAACAAAUGAAAAAUAAAAUUAAACAUUUUAUGACUCAUUACAAUCACUAGAUUAAUGAUAUAUUUAAAUGUAUUAAAUUCUAUAUAUCAUUAUAAAUUUACACCAAUGAAUUUACUUAAUUUAUUAUAUUAAAUAAUAAAUUAAAAUUUCAUUAAAUUAAAUCUGUAUUCUAAUCCCAUUACAUUUAUCAAAUCUCAAUCGAAUUUUCCUUCUAACCCUAUUGUUGA